GACAAAAAAUGAAACAGAAUGAGAGGAAAAACCCACGCGCUGAGAACACAGUUCAGAGUGACAGUACAGAGGGGUGUGUGCGCGGUCAAGGCGGGCAAGACCAUCACAUAGAGUUAUAUUUAUAGACUUUUUACCAUUUUGAGAUCGCAUUGGAAAUAUUCUUUUUUUUACUUCUAUUAUUUAAUAACAAGUAUUUUGAAAGGACGUUUUACGUUGUCAUAUUUAUUGCAUAAUUGCUCUCGGGGAUGUGACUACGGAUCUGAAGCUUUUCACGGAAAAUAGUCACGUGUGACAGUAGCAUGUGUGGAUAAUAUCAGCUGUGGGUUCUGAUUUCAAGAAGAAUUGCAACAUUGGAUGUUUUAAAGAAUCUUCCCUUUGAAAAGAACUGGACUUAGACACAGUUGUCAUGGCCAAUAUGAAGUCUCGCAGUGAAGACGAGGAUGAUGAACGUCAUUCUACAGACCCUGACAGCAGAGACUCCAAGAAUUCCAAAAAGACCCUGUGCAAAAUUAAAUGGUCCCGGGAUGAGGAUGAGAAGCUGAAGAAGCUUGUUGAGCAACACGGAACUGAUACUUGGAAAUUAAUCGCCAAUUAUUUCCCAACAAGGACAGAUGGUCAAUGUCAGCACCGUUGGCAAAAGGUGCUCAACCCGGAGCUGGUGAAAGGACCCUGGACAAAAGAGGAGGAUCAGAGGGUUAUUGAGCUGGUUCAUAAGUAUGGGCCCAAACGGUGGUCAGUGAUUGCCAAGCACUUACAGGGCCGCAUAGGCAAACAGUGCCGAGAGCGCUGGCACAAUCACCUCAACCCAGAAGUGAAUAAAUCCUCCUGGACCCAGGAAGAAGAUCGUAUUAUCUAUGAAGCUCAUAAACGUCUGGGCAACCGGUGGGCUGAGAUCUCAAAACUGCUUCCCGGACGGACAGACAACUCCAUUAAGAAUCAUUGGAACUCCACCAUGCGCAGGAAGGUGGAACAUGAGGGUUACUUGCAGGAAGGCAGCAAGAGCUACAGCAGUGACCCUGGCCAGAAGAAACGCCCCAAAUCCAGUCCAGCUGUGGAAUAUCAACAUGACCAGAAUCAAAUGAUCAUGAGUGGCCAAUCACAGCCACCCAGAUAUCCAUAUGGUUCACAAGGUGGCCAGUGUAUGGAAAACAUCAAUGGCGAGAUGUCUAGCUUUAUGUCGCCUUGCCAUGACGACCCAGACAAAGAGAAAAGAAUUAAGGAGCUAGAGCUGUUGCUAAUGUCAGCUGAGAGUGAAGUCAGAAGACAGUCGGGCCCUCGUAAUCCAGAGAGCUACUCCAGCUGGUCGGACAGCCUGCCUGAUGAUACUGUCACCACCACCACAGACAGUGUGGAGGACCGAGGGGUCGAGGUGCGUGGUUUAGAGGAGGGCCAGCCUGCUGCGAUGCCUCUUCCUGUCUCUCCCAGCAAGUUCCUGGCUGCUGAGGCUACUGCUGUGCUGUCCACACUAGAGACCAUCCCAGAGUUUGCAGAGACCAUGGAGCUUAUUGACUCAGUAUAUGUUUUGAUGCUCCAGGAUCCUUUGGCCUGGAGUGAUGUGACCAGCUUUGAUCUCACUGAGGGAGGCCCCUCUCCAAAGUCCACUAACCCCACUGAUGUUUGUACGACCCCGGAGAAGUGCACAGAAAGCCUGGCCUAUCCAAUAAAUGCUCCUACUGUCCCAGCUAUGAGCAGACAGUGUGCUGCAGUGAACCAGGGCAAGUCUGUGGCUCUUUCUAACACCUGCAUGAACCGAUUCAGCUCUCCACUACAGUCCAUCACGAGAAAGAAGAGGAGAGAGAGAGGAGAUCAGUCACCUGCAGAUGAAAGGAGCUGUGCGUACAUAGACAACAGUGGGAACUCACCAAAAAACACCCCGGUUAAAGGCCUCCCAUUCUCACCCUCUCAGUUCUUCAAUGUGUCUGGUGGUGAGCCCUUGAUCCUCGACAAUCCAGCUCUUACAUCCACUCCAGUGUGUGGACAGAAAUGCCUCCUCAACACACCCCAUCAUAGAGAGACCACACCAAAACACCAGAAGGAGAAUGCAGGAUUCAGGACCCCGAAACUCCAUAAGAACAUCACCGUCCACACUCCAAGAACGCCCACUCCUUUCAAAAAUGCCCUGGCCGCGCAGGAGAAGAUGCACGGCCCGUUAAGAGUGGUGCCCCAACCACUGGCACUUCUUGAGGAGGACAUCAGAGAGGUUCUGAAAGAGGAAACCGGAGCUGACAUCUUCACACAAGUCCAGAACCAGCCUCCGUACAGAUCUUAUGAGCACAUGGAAGCUCCUGCAAGGAAAGUGAGAAAGUCUUUGGUAUUGGACAGCUGGGAAAAAGACUGUUUAAAUGUACAGCUGUUUCCACAACAGCAGAUUAACAACAAUGGAGCGUCUCGCAGUGACGACCUACUGACCAGAUCCAUGCUCAUGAUGCCAUUGACAGAGAAAGAGGACAACUCUUGCCCUCCUGCAGCACUGAAGGAUUCAUUUUCCAUAGUGCACUCCCUUAGCCCACAGGACAAGAGAGGAAGCAUGACCCAAAGAAGCCCACCUUACCAAACACCCGCUCUGCAGGUCAACAGCGAGUGGGAAGCGGUGGUUUUUGGGAAAACGGAGGAUCAGCUGAUCAUGACCGAGCAGGCCAGGCGUUACUUAAACACCAACCCCACCACCUGCAUUUCCAGAGCUCUCGUCCUUUAAACUCCACUACUGCACUACAGCAACCUCCUCUUUUCCUCUAUCACACCGACAUUUAACCUCUCAGACAAUCUGGUGUAGGAAACAGAAAACACUCACUAUGAUGUUUGCUAAACACCUGUUGACGUAACAAUGUACCGCUUAAGAAAAAAACAUUUAUGGAAAUGUACUCCUAUGUAGUCCAAUACGAAUUGCAUUAGAUUUGCAGGAUUUAGCUAACAGUAUUUUAACAGUUAUUUUUAUCCAUUUUUAGUGUGCUGAUUUUAAUGGCUGCUUUCAGUUAACUUUUUAAAGAAGGAAUAAAUCAUAUAAUUGACAUUUUUUCAGAUUUUUAAAGCUCUUUUUUGAGGAUUUUAGAGACUAAGGAUAGGGGAGCACUGGCAGUGUUGCACUACUGUGGUGAAUUGUUAGGGUGAGGAGCAGAGACAGUGUUGAGGAGUAACUGGAAAGCACUUGCAACGUAUUCGUUUCCGCUCCAAACAUAACAAAGGUUCCACCCCGAUUACUUUAUUUUAUUUAUUACAUUUUUUUUAUGAGUAGGACACUCACUGAAUGUAUUGUAUAGCAUGAAUCUGCUAAGUUAACGUCUACUGGAAGGUACCUCGAUCAUCUUAUUUUUGUGUUUUUUUCUUUUUUGCUCCAAAGUGAAGGUUGUUUAAAUGAAUUGUACUUGGAGAGGGGCAUAAAAUUGCUGAUUUGCAUGUUCGCAACUGAAGUAUAAAUCCAGCAUUUUCGCUGCUUAUGAAAAUGUUCUCAGUUUAGCCAAUAUCAUGUUUGGUAUCGAUAUUAAUGCAUAUGUUGCAUUAUGCAUAACACGUUCCAAGAACAGAUACGUAGGUGAGAUUUGUUCAUUAAGAGCUGUAAGUUCUAUUUAUUAAAUCUUUACUAAUUUAUUUAUUUUAAAGAUAUAAAGAUAAUCAUUAAUUCUAUUUCUUUUCUGUUAAAUAUUUGACUACCUUCCAUUACAUAUUUCUGAUUUCAAUAACACUGCCACUAAUUUCUCGGACUGUACAGUAAAUUGAAGAUCCUUUCCAAGUUUCCGUCCGGUUUACACCAAUUGGUUGACCAUGAAAGUAGCAGCAAGCAGCAUUCAACCUCCAAAAUGUGGGGAAAUUGCACUUUUUUAAAAAUAUUUUAUGAAUGUUGGUUCGUCAUUAAUAUCUAUCGUUUUAUGCCCUCUGUCGUGUUUACAUUUUGUUGAAUGUGUUGAUUUUUAUCGGUGGCUAAAUGUAUUUACACAUCAUUAACACUGACAUGUCAGGACGUCAUCUGAAAGGGGAAAUGGUGUAAAUAUAGUUUCUCUCUUCCACUUUUUAGCUCUGGAAAGGUUUUUGUAAGGUUUUGCUCGCUGCUACUGAGAGUUACAGCAGAAAUAGACAUAAGCACGAUUGGCUGAAGGAAGUUUAGGACAAUUGCUUUGCUCUCAUACGAAGUGAAAUGUUGAAUGAAAUGUCUUGCUUUAAUAUUUUACACUAAGAAGAUCUCAUGUAAAAUAGUUUCAGGUUAUUCACAAUGAUAAGUUAGUCUGAGAAAAUGAAACACUAAUGUUGAAGGAUUUGGCAGUAUUAGAGUUGCAUUUUGGGUUUUAACACAUUUGUCUUAUUCAAAUUGAGGAAAAAAAAUUUUGUUAAAAGUUUAUUUUUUGCUAAUUGUAACCCAAUAUUGUAAUGCAAAAACUGACCAUCUGUAUACAUCUGUCCCUCAUCAUAUCCAUGUUACCGAGAGAUUAAUUUAUAUUUGGGUCACAUAACAUUGUGGAUAACUGUUUAAUGUCUUCAUUCUACCGUCAGAAUUUGUUGCUCUGUAGACUUGAGGGAAACAAGAAUAUGUAGCAAACUGACAAAGCAGCACACUUAAUCUGACAUACUCAUUUCUCAUGCAGUAUGUUAUGUAUUUGACAUUAUUUUCUGCUGAACAAUUAUAACCUGCUUCAUUGAUAUUACAACCAACUCACCAAUAGUCAUGUUGUCAUUCACAUACCUAAAAAUAAAAAAUAUGC